UGAAUAAAAAAAAAAAAAAGUUAUAGAGAUUUAUUGAGCUGGCAGUUGAUUGAUAUUUUGAGCUUGACAGCUGUUUCGUUAAAAACUGAUAAACAAAUAGAAAAUGAAUAUAGCUGGGAAAUGUGGAGUCAGCUGCCUGAGCUGAUAUUAACAAAUAUAUUUCAUUAUCUUGACUGUGAGGAUCGUUGUAAUGUUGGUAAAACUUGUCAAUCAUGGAAUCAUGCAUUGGCAUCACCAAUUCUCUGGAGAUGUGUUACUAUUUUAAUUGACAGAGAUUUAAGAAGUGGAUUUCCCUUGGCAACAGAAAUAGCAAUCAAGUAUGGACAACAUAUGAGAAGUUUAGAAAUGGCUUGGUCAAGACCUUAUAUAAAUCCUCGUGAAUUUCGUUUAUCAUCAAAUAUUCGUGCUAAAGAGGGUCUUGAUUUUAUUGAAAUAUUGAAAAAUAAAAAUAUACAAAUUAAAGAAUUUAUUUUAACAAAUUGGUUUUUUAGUACAAAUUGGAAUAAUCGUAGUAAACUUUUAGCUGCAAUUGCAAUAUUUAUAAGAUGUCAAGAAAAUUUACUUACAUUGAGCCUUUUAAAUGCAUAUCUUGGUGUCAGUGAUGUUUUACGUCUUCUUAGAGCUGUUGCCAACUCUUCGGGUUAUCAUUUAAAAACAUUAGACAUUCGUGGAGCUUUCAGAGAUUGGCAAGCACCUCACACCAAUUCUAGAUAUCUUCGUUAUUUGGGUCGAAUGCAUGCAUUAAACACCUUGCAUUUAGACUAUCCAGCAUUAUCAGAUCAAGUUUUGUAUGCUUUGGCAAAUGGUGCAUCAAAAACUCUUAAAAAUUUUAAUAUUUCAAUUCGUGAUUCAGACGUGCGUCAGCAUACUGUUGGUGAUAGUGCUUGGAGUAAUUUAGCUAUUGAUUGUCCAGACCUCAAAGUUUCUUAUACAAUUGUCAACAUUUCACAUUACGAUGAUAUGUCUUACCUUUUGCUGCCAAGUGUUCCACUUAGUCGUUUUGAAAUGUAUGGAGGACACGUAUGGGACCAAAGUCGAUCUCGAAACUUUCGUAGCACAGUUGGACUUUUAAUCACCCAUUAUACAAAUACUCUUGAGGAAGUUAUAUUACAACUGAGAUAUAAUCGUGAACUUCUUGAUGAUUUACUUGUAUCAAUGCUACAAAAAUGUAAACAACUUACACGAUUACAAUACGAUGGUAUUAUACAAAAUUUAGGUGUACUCAAUGAUAUUAUUAAACUUCAAACAUUAUGUAAAACUAAAUUUUCAAAAAUUCAUGUUAAACCUAAAAAUGUUAAUACAAGAAAUCGACAAAUAUUAACUGAUAUUACUUAUCAGUAUAAUCAAAAAUUAUAUGAUCAAAGAGUUGAUUUUCGUAUUGAAGAUCCAACAUCUUCUCUUCUUUUUUAUUACUAAAUUUUUUUUUUAUAUAAAUUAUUUUUACAACAAAAAUGUAAUUCAAUGAUUUUUUUUAUUUUUUUUUUUAUAAUAAAAGAAUUUAAAAUUCUUGAAGCUUUACAAAGGUAAAA